AUGAGCAAGCUUACACUUAUAGUUGUACUUCUCCUUGGAUUCUCAUGCGGAAGCGAACUCUAUGUCCCACAGUCGUUCUCUGCGGUCGACUACCAAGGUUUUCAGACUUUCAUCCAAGCCGUCAUGCAAACUUUCGAAGGCUCACAGUAUACCAUGCCAAGCACCUGCCUUAGCCAGACAGUCGUUUACCAGCUGGAUCACGACAUUGUGGCUGCCUUCUUUGCAAUUUCUAAAGGACAGACCAAAGCUGCCAUCGAGAGCUUUGUGGACUUCGCUCAAGAUUUGGCCACAAACGCAGGGUCAUCAUGUGGACUUGAAGAAAUCCCAGAAUCAUGGACCUACACCAUCAAGACAAACGGAAAAUGGAAGAUGAUCAAUGACGUCGUAUAUCACCACACCAUGUUUACCAAUGAUCUCUUAUUCUCUCCCAUCUUAUUGAACCGAUCGCUAUUAUUAGAUGAAAGAUGAGGAUAAAAUAUCUGAAAAAAAUUAUAAAAAAGCUAUAUUUUGUAUUAAAACUGUGUAGGAGCGAUUAUAUGGUAAUAUAUAGAAAAUACUACUAUCAAAGAUAGGUAAUUAGAUAUGAGACAGGAUAGGGAACGUGCUGGAUAUAUAAUCGUGGAUAGUAAUUUCUUAAAUUUGAGGUUUAGUUCGAUCAAGGAUGGGAGGUUAGGAGUUUUCCAGAGCCUUCUUAAGCUCGAAUACCAACAAGCUGGAACUGAUCUUGGAGCCAUGCUCAAGAUUUUCUUAAUCCCAGCUCCUCUUAAGCUGGCCUCAGCUCUUUCUUUGGCUCCUGUAGCUUUUAGAGAUAUUGGUUGUAUAAUUUUUUUUUUCUAAAAAAAAAAUUUUGAAAGAAAUAUAUUAAAUUCAAUUUUUUCUAAAAAUAAUAAUCCCUUUCUUCACCAAAAAAAAAUAUAAAAUGGUGAUGUCGACGGAAAUUGGACUCCGAGGCUCACCUCCUAUGGAGCUGGUAGGACCCAUUGCUGAUGAAGCUGAAGAUACAGGUCUCAUUCCUGUCCUAAGUAGGCCUUCAGUUGUGGGGAAGCCGUGCCGAAGAGGAAGUUUUAUUUCUCCCCCGAAGGUUUUCCCUGUCCCUGCCAGACGGGCUAGACAGGUUUUUCCUACCACAUGGUCUUCCUUCAUCGGGACCAUCGGGGCACUCAGACAGAAGUGGCUCUGCCCAAAGGAGCUGAUCCUUUGGACAGGUGGUUUUGACCAGAAAUCAAGAUGGCGUCGGGCCUGGGAGUAUGGCCACAUCAGAACCCGACCGGGUGUCGUCUUUCGAGCUGAGGUGUUGAGGUCAGUGGCUCAGCCGCUUAUGGCCUUACAAAACUAACUUAACUUAACUUUCUUCACCAAGCGCACAAAACUUCAUUGAUGGAAUUUUGACUGGCCUUGAAGUAAACUCAGCUCAACCAGGCACUUGCUACCCAGUUUUGGUCUCCACCACAAGCUCAAUCUUCAACAUCCUUUCAGACGCAGUUAACGUUUUUACUGGAAAAUCAAGCGGAAUCAAGAAAAUCUUCGAAGAUUUCGAUGUUGUCAUGAAGAACCUCGAAAAAGACCAAGAAAACUGCGACUUCAGCCCACUCUUUGUUCAGCUUGACAAACUCUAUACCUUAGCUGGCUGGCAAAUGGUCCUCAAAAAUUAUGUUGCUAAUGGAGCUGCCGUCUAUCAAAGCACCCAAGUUAUUGAGACCUGCAAGACUGACUAUACAGCAUGCGGAAACGCAUUUGGCACUAUUUUCAAGCUCUUGAUCGGAUGGGGACUUCAGUAA